AGGAAACGGGCGUAUCCAUCUGCUUUGCAAGGUUAAGGUACGAGGAUGCCUUUUGUUGUUACUAGCCAUGCUUCUGUACCACCAUGCUGUUAACCUCCGGUAAUAAAUGAGUAAACGUACGGUCGGAGUACAACUAUUAAUUGUAAUACAAGUAAUCUAACAGGGUUAGGUUAUAACAGUUGUUAUGACCUGUAGACUGUAGUUGUCACCUAAUCAUAAUGCUUUGUUAUUUUUCAUGGCAGUUUGUGGAUCAAUGCCGGCUAUUAGAGGGUAUUUCCUGAUGCUGGUCUUCUCACAGGCUCGGAAAAUCACUGCUCUAAAAGGUUUUUUUCUCUGAUUGGUGGAAUGAAGUGAAAAUGUAAAAUCUGCACAAAUGUUUGAUUUUGGGCAUUACACUCUGCUAGUUAAGAUUAACCUUAUGUUGCAAUGAUGUUUUUUAAAACACAACGUAGACCAUGACCUACACAGUCAGUGCUUCAGGUCACGUAUCUCAAAGUCUCAUGCAGUAAAGAAUCUAAAAUUAUUUAAGUAAGCAAGUUUAAGGAGUACUGCAGUUUUUGGAUGUUUUAAACAUUGUGAUUUUUCUGUAUAUUUACAGGAAUUUAACUUAGUAGGAGCUCUAGUUUACCAAACAGACAUUCUGAGUCAAGGACGCUGUCGAUGCUGUUACCCAUUGCUCUGAUCAUCUCUCUCCUUUGUUAACUUUGUUAACACCGGUUGAUUUGCUCUAAGAUUUCAGAUUCAACUUCCUGAUAAACAUGCUAACUGCUCUCCUGGUUAAUGUCAUCAUCUCAGAGGGAGUAGUUCUUGAUUUAAGCUCCAAAAAUAGAAGCCUGAGCCCGUGGUUGAAUUGUGUAUUCAUGAAACCACCAUAAUGUGAUGUUCUCAGCCCUGAAAAGGGAACAGAACAACACAGCAAAGACUCAGGGUUCAUCGGGUUCAUUUAAAGAGACAACGCAGAAGCAGUCGUGAACAGCCCGUUUCCUCCUCCAGGGCAAACAGGGAGCGUGCAUAAUCAUCACGAUCACACAGCACCUGCUGCUUUGUCUCUAAAGUGAACAGAACGUGAAAUUAAAUGGCUUUAAAACAGGAGGACAGCAGCGAUGCAGUCACAUGACUUCACUGCGUUGUGUAAAUAAAGAGCGGCGUGCGUCCUCAGAGUGAGACAGAGUGCGAUGGUGUGUUCAGCUUCCUCCCCUCCCCCUGCAGUCUGCAGUGCUGACGCAUCUGCUGCUUCUGCAUCAAUCAGCAGCCUGCUUAGAGGAGCACACAGAGCUCCUCUUCUCCCCGCAGCCUUGCAUGCAGUCAGUACGGGUGCUGCAGCAAUGUGGAAAAGCAUGGAUGAAAAUUUGUCUGCUGCCAUCUUCUCUGCAGCUCUGUGUUACCUAACCACGUCCACAGUGACGGCGUGAGCACCAAGAUGAGCUCUGCCGUUAUCUAUCACUGCACAGACAGAGCCCUUGUGCACAAGCAUCACAAACAGACUGUGCAGCUUUAAGCAUUCAAGGCACUGUUGUUUGACUCAGAUCAUUUUGUCCUUGUGGUCAGCGUGGAUGCUUCAGGAUGGAGCUGAUGUGGAGACAGGGAUGUUGAACAAAAUCUGUAUCCCUCGCUCUAUGCUGUUACCAGUGCUGCAGCUGAGCGUUUCCUCCGGCUGCAGAGCUACGGUGUGAUGUAGCACCCAGUGUCUCGCUGCCAUGCUUCAUAAAAGUUGCUGUAUCCUCCUGAGUGCCUCUAGAGCUAAUGCUAGCACAAAGGCAAAGCUAUGCUUGGGUUUGGCUCCACGCUGCAGAGACGGUGACUUCUUCCUAUAGGGGCAGCAGUCAUAGGAGGGCAGGGCAGAUCUCGCCCAGGACCGGGCUGCAUGGAGAGAGGCGAAGGACGUUGGAGCCGGAGUCGUCUGCUCACACAGAGAGGGAGGGAGAGGAAGAGAGACGUCAGAAAGAGCUCUACUCUUCAGCCUCCAUCGCAGAGAAACCGUACUUUCACCCCGCUCUCACCAAACUGUUUUCAUGUUUCGCUGACCAAACGGAGAGCUUUAGUCAAAGGGACGCUGCGUAACUCGGCUCCCCGUCGGCCCUGCAUCUCUUUCUCUGAUUCACUAAGAUGACCGUGGCGUCCCCAUGCACUCACAACCUGAUGGAUAGUGCCCACCCUCAAACAGUGCUCAGCAAACUCAACGAGCAACGCUCACAGGGCCUCUUCUGUGAUGUCACCAUCGUGGUGGAGGACGUGAAGUUUCGGGCUCAUAAGAACAUCCUGGCAGCGUGCAGUGGCUACUUCAAGAACGCUCUGACGUCUCAGGACACGUGGAGCUCCAGCCAAGUGUUGGAGCUGAUGGACCUGAAGUCAGAGGUGUUCGCCACCAUCCUCAACUUUAUCUACUGCUCCAAGGUGAACCCAGCAGGGGCGGAGGACACGCAGGUCCUCGUGGCAGCUGGAAAAAGGCUGGGAAUUCCUUUUUUAGAGAAACUGGAUGAAUGUGUUCGAUCCACAGAUUACAACGCCGCCACAGCGGCAAAGAAAACCAAGAAGGAAGCUCCCAGGCUGGAGGAGAUGGACGGUACCACGGGGCCACGCAUCACUAACGCCUUCUCCAUCAAUGAAGUUUGUCCUGGGAACAAUCUGUUCACCCCGCUGACUCAAACCAACGGGGAGAGGACGUCACCAGAGGUGGGGCAGCUCCCAUCAGGCUGUUCUUUGAUUUCAUGCCACAGCGGGAACAAUGAGACAACACAAGCCCUCUCUGAGCACUCAUACGCCGUCAGCAAAUCUACUGAAACCAAGGAGAACAAUCAGUGGGACAGCAAGGUCUGUAAACCAGCAAUGUCACAGCCCAAGCAGCUAGCAUACAGGAACACAGGCCCGCUCAAAAAACGCCACCGGCUGCGAGGCAUGCUAGGUCGAAGUCUCCUCCCAGCACCAGCUGAACCACACACAGAUCAACCAAAGAGUCCCACAUCAGCUGAUGGGCUCUCCUCUGCAUCUGCUGCAACACCACCUCCUCUUUUCUCAGAGUCUCAAAGUCCAACACACGCAGAGCUACAUAAAAACACUGACGACACUCAGAUGGAGCUGGGCCCACCCCCUCUGUCCCCUCACCCGGACGAGAGCAUCUCGAUCUAUGGAUGUGAGCACUGUCCAGAGAUAUUCACCAACAAAGCUCUGCUCACCAUCCACUCAGAGGUGCACCAAAAGCGUUUCAUGACACAUUUGUUUUGUAAGUUUUGUCACAGGAAAUUCAUCCACCUUAAACGCCUGCGUAAUCACGAGCAGGUCUGUCCCAAAGCUGCAAAAGGACCGCCCAACUUAACCGCAACUGACACGCCUACCAAAGAGACGGCGCUCCCUUCAGGAGACAUGCCAAACAUAGAGAGCGUUAUGACCCAGCAGCCCUCUGCCCACCCCUCCAGCCCUAUCACCCAGUCAGAACCCCUUCCACUGGCCCAAUCAGAGCCUCUCCCACAGGAUCAAUCAGAGCCCCCGCAGGACGAGAAGGUAGUAAGACCAGGUGGUGGUCAAAGGAGAUACCACUGCAGUGUGUGUAAACGGGUCUACGUCACUCUCUCCAGCCUGAAGCGCCAUGAGAACGUCCAUUCAUGGCAGAGGGCAUAUCCCUGCCAUUACUGUAAUAAGGUGUUUGCCUUGGCAGAGUACCGCACCAAGCAUGAGAUCUGGCACACUGGAGAACGCCGCUACCAGUGCAUCUUCUGCCUGGAGACUUUCAUGACGUACUAUAUCCUCAAGAACCACCAGAAGUCUUUUCAUGGCAUCGAUCCCAGUCUUGCUGUCAGGAAGAAAUCAGCCAACGGAGGGCUAAAGGCGAGCGUUUAUCCAAUCAAACUCUACAGGCUUUUGCCCAUGAAGUUUAGAAAGAGACAAUACAAAACAUACAGUCAUACGUACUCUGAGAGUGGGGAGAAAGAGGAGCAGGCCCCACUGGAAAGCAGCUCCCUUAUUCCUCCAUUUGAAGCAAGUGGCCUCCCUGAUUCUGUUUCAUUACCCCCAACAUUCAUGGCAACCACAAAGAUGGUGGCCCCAGUCAUGCCUCGCAUCAGCUUUGACAAGCCAUGUGACCAAGGUGUAGAGCUAAGUGGGAACAGAGAGUUGGAGAUUCAAAAAGUCGCUAGAAAUGAGGCUGAGAGUCAAGAGGCAGUGUUUAUGAAUACUGACGGCACCUUCUCUGUGCAGGCUGACACAGCACCUCCUUCAGUGGCAUACCCCAACGAUCCAGAGGGUUUGGGUCAUCGUGUGCCAUUCUUAAACUCUUUGAACACAGUUAAAAAGUUAGGAGAGCUGUCGGCAUCUGCUAAAAGAGUGGAGGACAUGACCAAGGAGAUCCUUCAGUCCAGCACUGAGAGCCUGCUGCGUGACAAACAAGUGGGGGCCAAGAUAGAAACAUAUAUCGCCAAACCGGUCUGCCCCGGUCCAUCCGUGGAUGGUUCCACCAUGCCACUCUGUCAAAUCACAGUGAGGAUCGGCAAUGAAGCCAUCAUUCGGCGCCGAAUCAAAGGAUCAAAGCUCUUCCCGCGAAAGAAGAGGAGAAUCAGGGAGGAGAAUGAAGAAGGGAGGCCAAGUCAGUGUCCUGAAAUACGGGAGAACUCAGAGAGCCCCCGACUGCGCCACAGACCUGAAGUCACCGCUGCAAAACAAGAGAUGUACGACGAGCCCAAUGACCUGGACAAAGCCGACAUGCUCUGGCGUCCCUAUUAUUCCUACAAGGCCAAAAAGAAGAGGAAGAAGCUUAGAUUGAAGCAGAGGAAAGCUUUGUUUUACUCUGAAGCAUCACUGGACAGGAGCGCCACAUCCGUGGAUAGAAGUGCCACAUCCGUGGACAGGAGCACCCUGAGCGAUGCCACAGAAGUGAAACGUAGGAACUCCAGCCCCAGAGCUGUCUACAACUGUGACAUCUGUGACAGCUCUUUCAUCACAGAGACUGGCCUCAGGGCCCAUGUCAUUGGCUCCCAUCCAUGUUUCUGCAGGACCUGUGGUAAACAAGGGCCCCCCGGUGAAGCCCCUGCUGGUGGUGAUUACGUCUGCAACAGCUGUAUGGAAAAUGGCUCCUGCUUCGACAACUCACCCCGGAGCCCAAAUCCAGAAAAAAAGUAUCGCUGUGCUUUCUGUCCUCAGCGCUUCCUGUACCUCGCCACCAAGAGGAGCCAUGAAAGGAAACACCAGGAGACGAACGAGGAGGGAUAUCAUUCAGACAACCCGACAGCAUCUUCUAAGUACAGCAAAGAGGACACCAUCAAAACUGAGGACGGAGACAAUCCAGGAAGCGCUGUCAUCAAAUCUGAACGAGUAGAGGAUGGACAUUUUUCCCUAGACAAAUUUAAGACUAAGAAGGAGGACACAGAUGACUUUAUGUCUUUGUAUGCUUACCAUGACAUGCCAUACUCCAACUAUAAGAGCACUCUAUCAGCCAACACUGAGCCUGUGUUUUCCCUGACAUCUUCCAAAGUCAAACAUAAAAUACAGAAAAAGAAGAUGCAUUCAGCGCAGCUCAUCUCUAAAAAGCAGGCCUAUGACAGAGAGAGCAGCAGGGAUGGGCUUAGAAAAAACAUCCAGAACGAAAAGUCUGGUAAACUCUUUAGAACCAACGACUCUGAAGGUAAAACUGCCCACAUUUCAAUACACAAGCCCCAGAAAUGGGCUUACAAAGAGGAGCCAUUUUUCUAAAAGCUCUUUGUGGCCAACAAUACAGUGAAUCAAAGUUGAAUUAUGGUCAAUACUUUGGUGAGGAAAUCAAAGGGUUGUGAUACCCUAUUUGGAGCAAUGUGUUACAUUAUGAAAAGGUUCUUUCUGCUGUGCAUGAACAUCCAUUUUAGGCAUUCAGAUACCAAGUAGAAAUCCUAAACGUCAGUUGUGGACACAACAUAAUGUGAGAAAAUGUUCUCCCUGAUUCUCUUUCCUCAUCUCUCACUUGAUGUGAGAUAUCAAGAUAGUUUGAUAUUUUUUACAAUGUUACUUAGCAGAUGCUUUUAUCCAAAGAAACUUACAUCUGGGACAGGUGUUCCCGGUGUUAAGAAACUUGCCCAAGGUCCCAAACUGGGCACUAGUGCUCUGACUGGGAUUUAAAACCCUAAUACCACAUAUCAUACCAUAUCACAGUCAGAAAUGUUAACCGCUGAGCUAUCCAGCCCAUAUGUCCCAGACUGCAGACAGAGGCGUUUCUUACAUUAGAACACAUCAUAUACCAUUAAUCUUUCCCUUAUGGUGACUGUCCUUUGUCAGCAAAUUUUGGAAAAGUUGACGGAACUGGAGAGAAGUGAGGCUUUCCAACAUAGCCUAGCCUAUUAUUUAUCAAAAAUGGUGGGAAAAAGCCCCCAACAUCCCUAGCUUCACUGACAUUCUGUCCUCUGCCUUUAAUGAUGUCAUCCUUUAAAGCCUUUAAUUUUUAGAAAGAUGAUGUCAUUAAAGCAAGCGUUCCAUGCUUGCCUUUUGCAUUCAGGCCAGUCUAGUCCCUUAGGUCGUUUCCACCAAACGACUCAGUUCAGUUUGGUACGGCAAGGUACGCGUUUUUUUUUUUUUCGCAUUUCCGUAGAGUUAAAGUUUGGAAGGGUCCAAAAAACAACCCGUACCAUCCCACUUUUUGGCACCCUUCUGUAGGGGUACCAAUCUUACCUAUCCGUACCAAAAAGGUGGAGCUACACACACAACAAUAGGGGAUUGCACUGACAUCACGUCAGCGCGACAACACCACUAGGCUCUGAACUGCGAAACAUGGAAGUCUCUGUGAGGGGUCGGCAAAAAGGGGGAAAAACAGACUAAUAUCCGCUUAAAUCUGGGAUAUUUGGACUCAGCAGAGAUCCACACUAUGUCCUAGUCUGACUUAAUCUAAUUUGAUUUUAACCCCAGUGAAACCUGUAGUUUAUUUUUAAUGUGACAAUUUCUCACAGUAUAGCUCUAAACUUUUAUAUUAUGUUGAAACUGUUAGGGAUUAGAUAUAUUCUCAUAUUAACGCACGGUUAAGACUAAAAAUGUUUUUGUACACAUAUUCCAUCAGCUGAGGAUCUGUACUGACGGUUAACAUAAUUAAGAUGUAGUUUAUUUUUUUGAAAAGCACUUUAGCUGAAAUAAAGCUGUUUACUGCUUAUUCUGUACUGAUUUCUGUCACUCAUCCUUUCUACAACUCCGUGGUUGGACCAGCAGACUCGCGCUGCAUGUGACUUCACAUUCAUAGGCUUUACAGCCCGUCCACCAUGUGAGGGUCUGUGGAAACGCAAACUAUUUCCGUGUUUAGCGUACCGUACCAUACCAAACUAACUAAGUCAAACCAGACCACCUGGUGGAAAUGCGGCUUUAGGAGCCAUUCCAAUCUUAUCAGUACCCCACGAGAUUUAUUAGCUUAAUAGUGUAUCAGUCCUUUUAAAGCAUAUUUAUGACAACAUGAUGGAGAAAAGCUGUUUAAGAGGCACUGCUAGCCUGUUGGCUAGUUGGCCCCUACUCAGCUUUAACACUAUAAUCCUGCAGUGCCUCUUUAAAAGGGAUAUUUCAAGAUUUUUGAAGUUGGGUCAUAUGAGGUGCUUGGCCAUAGUAGUGGCAUUAGCCUCCAGUGAUUUCCGUGUAAUUUGAUCUUGUUGUUAUUACGAGCUUGGAGAGAGCUGGCGCAUAGCGGAUGUAGAUGGGAACGUUUUGUCCGUGUAAAUUAACGAGUUUUACGAAAAAAUGGGCCAAGACAAUAUGUCGGCUCGCUUGCGCGCUGUGUUGAAAACGUACACAGCACUUCAUUUCUCCCAAAAAACCCCUCUGUGUCAGGCACUAAUUUAUGAUGCAGCUUUCGCCAUUUUGUCUCCUUUUGCCUCCGCUCACUCUCUCCGAGCUCAUAAUAACAACAGGAUCAAAUUAUAUGGAAAUCACUGGAGGCUAAAGCCACUACUAUAGCCAAGCACCUCAUACGACCCCACUUCAAAAAUCCUGAAAUAUCCCUUUAACAGCUUUUCUCCCUUGUUUUGUCAUUAACAUGCAUUCUAAUAAACAGCACAGCAUAGACACAUAAACAGUGUCUGGCACUGAUUAGAUUGAAAUGACAACUCAUUCAAAACGCCAAGACACUGGCGAGGUUUGAUAAGCAUAAAUAAACCAUGACAAGCAGAGAUGAUGUAUAACCUGUUGUUUGCAUUACAGGUGACAAAGUGAGUUCUGAUAUCAGGCUGUGACUGGUGGCAUAUUUAUGGUGCCAUUAUAAAUAGGGAUAUCCCCAUCAGCAUUUUUGGCAUGCUUUUUAGUUUUUAAUAUUGAGUACCUACUGAUUCAGAGUUCCAAUCCAAUACUUAUAUUUGCCUAGAUUUGUUUCAGUGGUUUUUGUUUACAAGAUUAACUAAAGAAUAACUCCUGGAUGUCUCAAACUUAUUCCAUUAAACUUAAUACAGCCAACAUAAACCAUUUAAAAUAAAUCUUCUCCUCAGAAUGGUGUAAUAGCUAGUGUUUGAAUUAAACCAGACAAGAAUCAAAAAUCAAAAAGUGGUCAAAACAGCUGAUAGACCUGAGAAGUAAAAAAAAAAAAGAAAAAACAAAGUGAGUUCCCCUUAAAGUGGCGUAAAAACCUUCAAUAGUCACAAUAAGAAAUAAAUUAAUUUCAAAUAACUGCUGCUUUUCUAUUUUACUCACAUAUUCACAAUCUACCGCAAAUUAUAAUGUUUACAACAGCUAACGUAAAUGAUCAGCUUGGCUGAUCGGUCAAACUGCCGAUCUCUCAUCAAUUAAAAAUGCUUCUAUCAGGUCCGAUCUAAUACACAUGAUCAGGAUCAGGACACCCCUGGCUCUAAAGUGCUGUUACCAUGGUAUCCAAAGGCCCAAAAUGGAUGUUAAUGUCAAGCGUAAACAGGGUCAGAGAUUGGACCAAUCAGAGAAGGCUGUAUAAACACAGCCACCUUCUUUGAUAUAACAGGCUGUACUUUUGUCUAAUGUCUAUGCAUAUGUCCCAGUCCUACGAUGAAUCCAUCCAUGCCGUGGUGCUUACUUUCUUUUUGAAAUAGAGUCUUUGAAGGAAAGCUCUCUAUUUACUUAACAGUAAACCAACGCUGUUAUAAAGUAGUGACACCAUUCUGCUGUGUGCUGUGAGUGAUCCCAGAAUGCUUUGCUAUAGUCGCACAGCACAAAGCAGAGAGGCUUUUUAAAGACUUUUACUUUUUAAAAGCUCUACAACAUCUACAAUAUUCACCUAUGGGAUGACAGCAGUGGCUUACUGGUUAGUAAAUACACCUGAUAAAGAGCUUUUUUUUUUUUUCAUCAUUUGUUUCAUUCAGACUCAUCAGGUCAAAAUAACAGAUAAGCACGUUGGCGGAGCUGACCAUGGCAUGGACAGAUUCAGAGGGGCUGCAGCAUCAGUGACUGUAACCUCACACAGUGACACCUGUUGGAAAUGUUUUCCUCUUCUUCCAGAAUGGGAGAAGAUCUGAGAGCUACCUACUUCCACGACAUCUUCACUUUUAAUCAAAAUACGACAAGAUGAACAACAGUCAUAUUUCUGAAUUUGGUUUUGUGGUAACGGGCGGUGUUGACUUGCACUUUAUAGUAAGAACUAUGCUUCUCUGCUGGUUAAAGACUUUGAUAACUCCAGUUUAAUUCUUAGCACUGUUGAUACUAGUCUAAUUUCUUAUUGACAUGUGGCACCGUUGAGAUUUAGCCUACUUCUUUUUAAUUUGUUUUUGUCUCAGACAUGUCAAACUAUUUAAAUAAAU